AUGUGUCUACUAGUAUCUGGGUGUUGCAUAUCUGUCCUUUUUUCUAUCAUUUUCAGAUCAUUAGUACUCCACUACUGUGCCAUAACUCCACUAGGUAAGCGUAGCGGCAUUAUCGUCGUAUCGUCUUCCGAUGAGGAUAGCCCUAUCGUAGUGCGUGAGAUGAAAGUUAGACGGGAAAGCAGAAAGAUAGUGCCACAACGUGCUAGCGUUCCAUCUAAGAAAAUAGAGGUGCCUGCUGUUCAAGGGGUGCGUAGUCCUAGUCAGUCUGUAUCAGUGUUUAAGAAAAAGGAUAAGCUUAUCGGCCCUAAGCCUCGACCACAUGACUACUAUAGUCCUUUUGUGAGAAGACAUGGUAAAUAUAAGGAAAUAUAAGGGAUAUUUAGAUGAGUGGCCCUCAAAAUUAUCCAAAGCUUGUAGCCUUGAUAAGAUUCCUCCACCCAGUGUGGAGACGCCUCCUAACCACCGCAGGCGAUACCGCGUGGCGUCGGGCUGGCAAUUUUCUCCAUUAACACCAUUUAGACCUACUAUGUGGGAAGAGGGGCAAGGUCUAGAACCUUUUGCAUCAGUUUUCUAUAGCAAGAUGGCUAAUAGUGACUGUGUUGAUUAAUAGGGAAAAUGUAUGGAAUUCUUAGGCAUGUACAGAUACUAGGACUAGGUAGACGGGUUUAGUUGCGAGUAAAGUGUAGUGAUAACUUCGGUGGUCAUCUUUGGUCAGACUGAUUACUACUAUGAGUAAGUACUGAAGGUAGUAGUCUAGACGCCGCGUUCUCGUAGAUAUUCAAGAAAUUUAGGUACACACACACGCUCCAUUCAUAAGUCUGAGGACGCGGCUGCACUUAGAGAGAUGCCACCCAUGUUGUCCGGCAGAGUUGUAUGCUUCGCUCGGCAUGCAGCUUUGUCGGACGUUUCUAAAAAUGAUUUCUUCUCACGAGGGCUUCUCAGGGAAGGUGUGGGAGAUUAUUCGAGGAGCUAAUGUAAAUAGAGAAUAAUAACCACGAGAAGCCCGACACUUUGAAUUAUAAAAUUAUUGAAAAAUAAUAUCAUACUCAUACUAUUUCCUCAUAAUAAAUUUUAUUUCUAAGAAACGAGGAAUACGCAUCAUGAUGAGUUUUUUUAGAUAGUCAACUUUCACAAGUGACUACUUCACACAACACGGCUCCACACAUAAUCGCGCAUACUACACAGCAGGAUAUUGAUUAUUUCUGCUGUUCUUGAUGUUUUUUUUGCAGUGAUCUCAGGGGGAGGGUAAGCGUUUUUUUGUAGUGAUAGAUGGUAGUACUAUCAAUAUCUUGCCUUAACUUGGGAGAAACCUGCACGCUUGAUCUUGAAACUGAUCGCGAUGUCGUGGCGCAUGCUACGGAUCGCGUUGCAUAGGGCCUCUUGGUCGUCGUGGUGUCGUGGUGUAAUCUACGCAUCACUUUGAACAGUUUUGAUUCUUGAAUGACAGUCAUGCUUUUUCCCUAUGCAUUGACUGUCACACAUGCAAAGUUUUGUAUUUCAAACAGGCAUGACUUUACGUCAUGUCUGUCUUGCAAUUUUGAGUAUAAAAAACCAUAAGAAGGCCC